CCUUCCCCCACCCUUCUCCACUCUUUAGUUUUUAUUUUCUCUUUCUUCUCACAGUCCAUAAGUCUCACUCUCCCUCUCCUCUUCUCACGCCGUUGCCGCCCCCCUCGUCGGUGUCUUCGUCUUCAACGGCGCAGCAGCGGCGCAGCCUCAACCUCUUCUCACGCCGCCCCCCUCUUUGUCUUCAACCCACGCAGCAGCGGCACACGGCGCUACGCCCACUGCUCAAGCCCACCUCUCUCCCUCUCUCCUCUUCUCACGCCGCCCCCCUCUUCGGCAUCUUCGUCUUCAACCCACGCAGCAGCGGCGCAGCCUACCAUUGCCCCACCGCCCGAUCUUAUCCUUACUACGUACUCUCAACUGGUGGAGGUUGGACAAUCUCUAGAAUUCCUUUGGACAAUCUCUAGAAUUCCUUUGGACAAUUCUAUUAUUUCGCAUGUCCAUCAGGCGGCUACCAGCCUACCACUGAGAACUCGCCCUCAACAUUUGCCCACGCUCAGCUCAUUUCUCAACGGCUGACGGUCGGGUUGACGCCUUCUGGCUUCUAACUUUCUUUACUUCAGGCUUGCAAGUGGAGAUUAUUGUUGAUCAGUUGCUAUUGGAAUUUUUUUCACUCUGUGAAACAUGAACUUUUGGAAGUUUGUUUAUGGGAAAACAGUUAUCAAUCUACCAAGAUUGAAUGGGAAGUUUCCACCUCCGUGCCGACCUUAUGUUUGUAGAAAUGCUCGCUUGAGUACAGUGCCGAUAUCUACUUCAUUUAAUUCACCAAUAAGUCCUCGCUCUAAACCUGUUCAGAAAUCUGGUUUCCCAGAACCCGUUUCAUCCUACUGUAGAUACAUUCACUCUACCAAUGGAACUGCAAUGAGCAACUCAGGUGGUGACUUGAAACUCAAUUCUGAGGAACCUGGGGAGGAUGAUGGGACCAUGAAUGAAUUCUUGUCCCGAUUUGUCUGGAUAAUGCGUGGCAAGCUCGCUGAAGCUUACCCAGAUUGUGAUAAACAGACAAUUGAUGGAAUGCUUCUGAUCAUCGUUGGGAAAGUUGCAUCAGAGAUGGAAAAGGGUGAUCUUGAGCAGAUGCUUGGUGCUGCAGCAGCUACUCCUUCACAGGAUUUUAGUGAUGAUUUGUGGAAAACAGUUUGGGAAGUUAGUAAUAUGGUUUUGAAUGAUAUGAAAAAGGAAAAGAAAAAGGAAAAAAUGAAGGGUUUUCUGCAAUCUGAAGAAGUUAAGGAAAUGUGCAGGUUUGCUGGUGAAGUUGGUAUUCGUGGGGAUAUGCUGAGAGAGCUUAGAUUCAAAUGGGCUCGUGAGAAAAUGGAGGAAAGUGAGUUUUAUGACAGUUUGGAGCACAUGAGAAGAGAAGCACAAGCCCAAGAUAAAGAGGAGAAAGCAGAGGGCAAGGUAACUGAAAUAAUGGGUGAUGAGGCUCCUGUGACUGAGGAGAGGCCUAAGGUUUUUACUCUUCCUAAGAGACAAGGGAAGAUAAGCUACAAGAUUUAUGGUCUUGAUCUCUCUGAUCCAAAGUGGGCUGAGGUGGCUGAUAAAAUUCAUGAGAGAGGGGAAGUAAUUUGGCCUCAGGAACCAAAGCCAAUAUCUGGGAAAUGCAAAUUGGUUACAGAGAAGAUUCUGUCACUGAACGAGGAGGAUGAUCCAUCUCCCCUGUUGGCUGAAUGGUCGGAACUUCUUCAACCAAGCAGGAUUGACUGGAUCACUUUGCUUGACAGAUUGAAAGAACAGAGUACUAGUUUAUAUUUUAAGGUAGCAGAAGUAGUACUGGGUGAAAAGUCUUUCCAAACGAACAUCCGUGAUUACUCAAAGCUUAUUGAUGUACAUGCGAAAGAGAACCGCUUAGAAGAUGCUGAAAGAAUUCUUAAGAGGAUGAAUGAAAAUGGCAUUGUACCUGAUAUUUUAACGGCCACAGUUUUGGUUCACAUGUACAGCAAGGCAGGCAAUCUUGACCGUGCAAAAGAGGCAUUUCAAAGUUUGAGGAGCCAGGGUUUCCAACCAGACAUGAAGGUUUACAACACAAUGAUCAUGGCAUAUGUAAAUGCCGGCCAGCCCAAGUUGGGCGAGUCACUGAUGAGGGAGAUGGAGGCAAGAGACAUCAAUCCGACACAAGAAAUUUACAUGGCAUUGCUUCGGUCAUUUGCUGAACGUGGAGAUGUUGGUGGGGCUGGGCGAAUUGCAACCACUAUGCAGUUUGCAGGUUUCCAGCCAAGUUUGGAGUCUUGUGCUUUGCUUGUUGAGGCAUAUGGGCAAGCAGGUGACCCUGAGCAGGCAAGGAACAACUUUGACUACAUGUUAAAAGUUGGGCACAGACCUGAUGACAGGUGUACCGCUAGCAUGAUUGCAGCAUAUGAGAAGAAGAAUUUAUUGGAUAAGGCUCUCAAUCUCUUGUUGCAGCUGGAGAAGGAUGGAUUUCAGCCCGGAGUUGCAACAUAUACUGUUCUUGUGGAUUGGUUAGGCAAGUUGCAACUGGUUAAUGAGGCUGAGCAGCUAUUGGGCAAGAUUGCUGAGCAGGGUGAGGCCCCUCCUUUUAAGGUUCAUGUAAGCCUUUGCGACAUGUACUCGAGGGCUGGAGUAGAGAAAAAGGCUCUUCAAGCUCUUGGGGUUCUGGAGGCUAAGAAAGAGCAACUGCGGUCAGACGAAUUUGAGAGAAUAAUUAAUGGGCUUAUAGCAGGUGGGUUUGUGCAGGAUGCUAGAAGGGUAUAUGGGCUGAUGGAGGCUCGGGGUUUUGUAGCCUCAGAGCCACUCAAGGUGGCCAUGAUGGCAUCUCAAGCUUUCAGUCGGAAGAGACAUACGAUGAGAUAGUUCGUUGGUAUUUUGGGACUGCUUCUCAGGUCUUUGGAAUAGAAAAUCCAACAAUAAGAAUGUCCUAUAGGUUUAGGAAGUCAUAGCACUCUGCAUGGCCGGCAGGAUGUAAUCCAUAAAGAUGUUGAUUUACCUUUUUCUCAACUUGACAUCUUAGCUUUUUAGAGUUGCGUUUUGUGAUUGUUUCCAUAGUUGUCUUGCCAUGGUCCCAUCCCAAGUAGUGUAAUGCAUCUUUUAUGCCCCUUUCUGGACCACUAGACAUAGAAGACAUAUUCUGUCAAUCGACAGGGGUAUGUAUUUUAUUCUGUAAUUCAAUUGUUUGCUUUUGGGA